AGAAAGGCAGUUUCCUACAGGUCAAAGGUCGGGCCAUGACCCCGAGGGAGCAGCUGAGGAAGAUGUCAGCGAUGGGGGAGCAGGGGGCUCUGGACGAGAAACACUGGUAUCGCCUGGUCAACGGCAUGUCUGCUGGAGGUAAGGCUGACCCACCUGGUUUGAAUCUGUAUACCUCAAGACUUUGUUAGCCUGCUGAGUUAAAGCCCUAGGUAUUAGCUCGUAAAUCCUUAGCCUUGCCUAGAAAAUUCACUCUACAUUUUUAUGCUUUACUAUCUUAGAGUCAGGAACUUUUCCAUAACCUAGGUAAUUACUGGGGCCCAGAGCUUUUCUUGGUCAGGUCACAUAGUCAGUAUAAACUCAGUGGUCAGUACGGCCCUAGUUCUAUAGACUUGUAACACAUCUAACAUCGUGUUUACUGUGUUGCGUUACAGAGCUAUGUCAGAGGCAGGAGAUGAUGAUGAGGAACCAGAUAGCCAUUGCUCCUCAGAUCCUGGCCCAAGGACAGCAGAGGCUACAGGGGGUGCCCACCCAGUUUGAGCCUCGCUUCAUGGAAAGAGAGCUAGUUCCACCCUCGGAGAUGGUAUCUUCCGAGGCCAGGCAGAUGCACAUGGGGGGUCACCUGGGUCCGCCCAUGCCCCCACACCCUGGCAUUUCUGGCAGGGGCUUCCCUGGAGUUGGUUACAGUUUCAUGCCCUCAGAGCCCAUGGAGAUAGUUGCCCGGCGACAAGAACUCAUCCACAAGCAGAACAUCGCCAGGUAUUGUCUGACAUUGACCUGCAGCUGCUUGUCACAGGGCUUGUUAAAGUACACGUCAUGGACUACAGGGCUUUGGAAAUCCCAGCCUUCCGUUUAUGGCCCCCUUCAACCUGAUACCAAGGGUCUGUUCUAUGCACUAUAUUACAGAACAGUUGACAAAUAUGAUUUGAAUAUAUACAGAGCCCAUAUUCAGAGCCCAUGUGACCUAGAAAAGUUUAUUGUUAUGUCCUAUUGGUGUAUUGUUAUAUCUAACUGGUUUAUUCUGAUCUUGAUGGUGUGUAUUGUUUUGUCUGAUUGGUGUGUAUUGGUUGUUUUUCAGGAUUGAGAUUAAUGCCAUCCUCCACCAGAAGGAGAUGGAGAACGCCCAUCAGAAGGGUCUGAUGGGUAUGGAUGCGCCCAUGAUGUACCAGUCCAACGCUAUGGCUAUCCGAGGGCGCCAGCGCCUCCCAGAAGGCCACGACUUCUUCAUCCACCGUACCACCCUGGAGGAAAUGCAGGCCAACAAACUCCUGAUGUCCUCCAGCCCCUAUCCACCAAUCAGCACGCUGCAGAGGGAGAGGGGCCGCAGGGCUGGUCGCAGGGCAACUAAUCACAAGAGCGCAGAGAGCCAUGCGUCUGGCCCCAAGAGCCAAUUGGAAGACAAGAGUGUGGAGCAGAGUCCCGGGGGUGCCUCUGGAGACGAGAAAGAGGCGGAGGGGAAAAUGGACAUGGGAGGGGAAGCAGCCAGCAAACAACAUCAAACCAUAAUGGACACAGAGCUCUCGGUGGACGGCAGAAAGAGCUACAAGGAGGCGGCGCAGGGCCUACGCAAAGCCUGCAUAAACAGUCAAGAUGGCUGCCCUGACGUCACCAACUGCAACAGUGGCGCCAGCGACAAAGACAGGUCCAGUCAAUGCUCUGCGUUCCAGUAUCCCUCCGCCAGUGGACCGAUCCCAGGUAUGCCUUACAUAUUCCCUCCUGGUGAGUGUCUACUUUCUACAGUCUUGUUUUGAUCAAAAUAUUCAGGGGUUGUGCUGCUGUCUUUGAUUUGAUUUCUAUCAUUUAUUUGAACAAGGACAGAUGUGACAGAUGUGAGCCAUAUGUGUGCUAACACAUUUUGUCUUUUGUUUUGAUCAGGGCCACCCAAUCUCUUUCUUAACGGACAAGAUAUGUCCUCUGUUGAAGACCUUAGGAAGUGGACAGUGGAUGACGUGUACAUCUUCAUCAAAAACAUACCCAGCUGCUCUGAAUAUGCUCAGGUUGGUGUCAUUUCCCAAUAAUGACCAAACACAAGUGAUUUCGUGCUUACAAAUAUACACUGAGUGUACAAAACAUUAUGAUCUUUCCAUGACAUAGACUGACCGGUUGAAUCCAGAUGAAAGCUAUGAUCCCAUCUGUUAAAUCCACUUAAAUCAGUGUAGAUGAAGUGGAGGAGACAGGUUAAAGAAGGAUUUUUUAUCCUUGAAGAGACAAUUGAGACAUGGAUUGUGUAUGUUCAGAGGGUGAAUGGGCAAGACAAAAUAUUUAAGUGCCUUUGAACGGGUAUGGUAGUAGGUGCCAGGCGCACCGGUUUGAGUGUGUCAAGAACUGCAACGCUGCUGGAUUUUUCACGCUCAACAGUUUCCUGUGUGUACCAAGAAUGGUCCACCACCAAAAGGACAUCCAGCCAACUUGACACAACUGUGGUAAGUAUUGGAGUCAACAUGGGCCAGCAUCCCUGUGGAACGCUUUCAACACCUUGUAGUCCAUACACCGAAUAGAGGCUGUUCUGAGGGCAACUCAAUAUUAGGAAGGUGUUCCUAAUGUUUUGUACACUCAGUGUAAAUCAGCAACAUAAUUCAAAUCGGCCAGGACUGCCACUAUUGGCUCUUUCCAAUUUUGGAAAGAGAGCAAAUAGUGGCCAUCUUGGCAGGUUUGAAUUCUGUUGUUGAUCAUUUAUGUAAGCAGGAAGUUGCAUUGCUGUGUCAUACUGCUGUGUCUGUCUUUAAGGAAAUUGUUCUAUGGAUAAACAUUACGAUACUACUCCUCCUCAUCAUACCUGAUUAUUCCCUGCAGACGUUCAAGGAUCACAUGAUAGACGGGGAGACGUUGCCACUCCUGACCGAACACCAUCUACUGGACACAAUGGGACUGAAGCUGGGCCCGGCACUCAAGAUACGAUCACAGGUAUACAAACCAUCAAAAACAGUUGGCCUCACAAAUUCGGACAGCAGACCAAAAGAUUUUGGAGUGCUAUCUAAUUAAUUUCCAAUGGAUUAUAUUUACCAGGACCCAGCACGCAACCAAUUUUGGAAAAGAGUAAUUACGAAAUCAGCACAUUGCUUAUUAUAAUACCUCAUGGUAUCGCUCUCUCUGUCCCACUCACCAGGUGUCUUGCCGGCUAGGUAGCAUGUUCUACAUGAUGAGCCUCCCGCUCUCCGCUGCCGCCGCCCUGCAGGCCACCCCUGAGAAGGCAGGAGGAGACAGAUCGUCAGAGAUCAGCUCCCCUGUAUACUGUGACAGUCUGGAGAUGAUGGACAGCCCCUGCACCAGAGACCCAGAGGGCUGCAAACCCACAGACCCCCUCCCAGAGACUGACAACCCCUCUCCCCCCUCGGCCAGCAGUGAAACUGCCUGAGGCAUCAGUGAGGGGGAUACGAGUCGUCGGCCAGUGGCUCAGUUCCAAGUCGACCCCUAGCUCCUACCACAUACUGUACAUAUAGACACAACCCCCUAAGGACUUCAUGUAGAUCUUUAAGCAUUGGAUGGGUAUACGUAAGUGAUGUAGUAAUGGCUGCAUCAUGCCCUCUGAUUGGCUAGGUGGAAUUUUCGCUGUGUAGAAUGCAUCUGUCCAAUCCUUGCAGACCUUCAGAAGUGCAUAGGUAGUAGGAAGUAGGGGUCGAUUUGGAAUUCAGCAAGUGUUUCAGCCCUAAGAGCUGUUUUUAAGCUGCUUACCAUUUCCAUCAGGCUAUUGUGUUCAGUUUUCUAGUGUGUGUCCUACAGUGUUUAAACUGCUAAGGAUAUGAUGGAAUUGUAUUGUAUGUACAGUAUUUAGUUCUACUUAAAAUGUUUGGUACUUCUUUUUACCAUGUUUCAGAUUCAAGA